GUGGUUGUCAAAUUAACAAUAACAAAUAUUUUCCCUUUGUGUACACAUUUUACUUCUACAAAUUUUAGCAAAAAUCUACCAAAAGCACUUACCAUUUUCGCCCUUCACGCAGCGAACAGUCAAUAAUGGGUCAGGCGAACAGCCAAUUCAGCGAGGACGAACUCCAGGACUACGAAGAUUUGACAUAUUUUACGAAAAAAGAAAUCUUAUAUGCGCACAAAAAGUUCAAGAACCUAGCCCCGGAAAAGGUGGGCCACAACAAGAACGCAAAGCUGUCCAUGAGCAAGGUCCUUGAGUAUCCGGAGCUGAAGGCAAACCCGUUCGGCGAUCGGAUCUGCAAGGUGUUCAGCUCGAGCAACGAUGGCGACAUUACGUUCGAGGACUUUCUCGACAUGAUGUCCGUGUUUUCGGACGCUGCACCAAAGGCGGUGAAAGCCGAGCAUGCCUUUCGCAUCUACGAUUUCGAUGGAGAUGAUAUGAUUGGUCGGAACGAUCUGAAGCAAGUCAUUCAACGGCUGGUCGAUUACAACUCGGACCUUGGACACAACGACAUUGAUCAACUGAUUAAUAAUAUCCUCGAGGAAGCCGAUUUAGACGACGAUGGAGCACUGUCAUUUGCCGAAUUUGAACAUAUCAUCGAUAAAUCAUCCGAUUUUAUCAACUCCUUCCGUAUACGACUGUAAUGCGCCGUUUUGCAAUCCCCCUGCAACAACCAUCGUUCGAAUAAUGUGUUUUCGAUAUAUAGUCUCAAAAAAUCGUGAUGUAAUUUAAGUGUAUGUGUGAGAGCGCACAAUUUCAUAAUAAAAUUGUAUUUCUAUCGUUUUGAA